CUGUUCUCUACUAUUUUCGUUGGAAGAUCUAACAUCUUCUUUGCCUUGCCACCGAAAAUCAAACAAUUUAAAAAUCUUAGCGCCCUUUCCCCAAACCCCAAAUCAUUCGAUUUCUUCUCCGGAAAUCAUUUCAUUUUUGUUUUGUUUUCAAUAGAUCUGUGCAGAAGCAUCCUCAAUUUUCACUCAGAUUUGUGAUAUAACCUUUUUCCUUUUCUUUAAUUUGAUUCAGCUAACAAAUCGUAGCUUCUUUCUUUUGUUUUAGGACGGCCCUCGGUUUAGCCACUAUUUACGGCGUUACCCCUUUGUAAGAGGCCCUAGUUUUGCGGGGUUUUGUUUUUGUAGAUUCCGGAGAUUAGGAUUGUGAUAUGAAUAGUGGAGGGAGGUAUCCACCGGGGAUCGGUGUUGGUCGAGGCGGCGGAGUGAACGCGAACCCUAGUUUUCAGUCGAGGCCUUCGCAACAGCAGUACGUGCAGAGGAAUUUGGUGCAGAAUCACCAGCACUUUCAACAACAUCAUCAUCAGCAACAACAACAUCAGCAGCAACAGCUCUGGCUCAGACGAAACCAGUUGCCUGGCGGCAAUGACUCGAAUGUUGUCGAUGAGGUCGAGAAAACCGUACAAUCCGGAGCCGUCGACUCAAGUUCACAAGAUUGGAAGGCAAGGCUAACUUUACCACCCCCAGAUACACGCUACAAAACAGAGGACGUGACAGCUACCAAAGGAAAUGAAUUUGAGGACUAUUUUCUUAAACGUGAACUACUUAUGGGAAUAUAUGAGAAGGGUUUUGAAAGACCUUCUCCUAUUCAAGAAGAGAGUAUUCCUAUUGCUUUAACUGGAAGUGAUAUUCUUGCUAGAGCCAAAAAUGGAACUGGGAAGACAGCAGCAUUUUGCAUUCCUGCCUUGGAAAAAAUUGACCAAGAUAACAAUGUUAUUCAAGUUGUCAUACUUGUUCCAACAAGAGAACUGGCUCUUCAGACGUCACAAGUUUGUAAGGAGCUUGGGAAGCAUUUGCAAAUUCAAGUCAUGGUCACAACUGGAGGUACCAGUCUCAAGGAUGAUAUCAUGCGACUGUAUCAACCAGUCCAUUUGCUGGUUGGAACUCCUGGCAGAAUUCUCGACCUUGCUAAAAAAGGUGUUUGCAUUUUGAAAGAUUGUUCUAUGCUUAUCAUGGAUGAGGCAGAUAAACUUCUGUCUCCAGAGUUUCAACCAUCUAUAGAGCAGUUGAUACGUUUUCUUCCAGCGAAUUGUCAAAUUUUGAUGUUUUCAGCCACAUUUCCUGUUACUGUCAAGGACUUCAAAGACAGAUACCUUAAGAAACCUUAUAUUAUUAAUCUAAUGGAUGAGCUUACUCUGAAGGGUAUUACACAAUAUUAUGCAUUUGUGGAAGAAAGACAGAAAGUCCACUGCCUAAAUACUCUUUUCUCUAAGCUGCAAAUAAACCAAUCAAUCAUUUUCUGCAACUCGGUGAAUCGGGUGGAACUGUUGGCCAAGAAAAUUACAGAGCUUGGCUACUCUUGCUUUUAUAUCCAUGCGAAAAUGCUUCAGGACCAUCGUAACAGAGUAUUUCAUGAUUUCCGCAAUGGUGCAUGCAGGAACCUUGUUUGUACUGAUCUUUUUACGAGAGGUAUAGAUAUCCAAGCUGUUAAUGUUGUUAUUAACUUUGACUUCCCCAAGAACUCAGAAACAUACCUUCAUAGAGUUGGUCGAUCAGGAAGGUUUGGUCAUCUUGGAUUGGCUGUGAAUUUGAUCACUUAUGAGGACCGCUUUAACUUGUAUAGGAUUGAACAAGAACUUGGAACUGAAAUUAAGCAAAUUCCUCCACACAUCGAUCAGGCAAUUUACUGUCGAUGAUUUAUGGUGCAUGUUUCCUGUUCAGCCUAUGGUGGUAAACAAUAGGUUAUGAAGCUGGUCAAUCAAGGUGUUUGCCCUGGGAAAAAAUUAAGUGGUGUUUGGUAAAUGACAUGUAUCACUGCUGUAUGCAUGUAAUCCCCGAAUUCUUGUAUCGAUUCAUCAAGUUCCAUAGUCCUGAAAUGUUGACAGGAUAGUAGGAGAGAAUAUAGAAGAGUACUGCUUUUGAUUUGAUGUUUCAACAUAUGGGUUGGUACUUUUAUGCUAUAGGCUCGUCUUGGUGGACUGGUUUUGAAAGGUUGUAGCUUUGUGCAAAGAAACUUUUGUGUUUA